AUGUCCUACACAGCUACCGCUACUAGAGGAAUCGCACCUACAAGCUUGAAUCUCAACAUCUUUAGCCAUCCUCCAUCUAGACAGCACCACGCAAGUCACCACGCAAACCACAGCGCUAACCACCAGAUGGAUAGAAGAUGUGCAAAGACUCCUACGUCGCUCCUCACGGACGACGAGGACAUUUUCUCGCUUGACAUGGUCACCAUGGACAUGGACUUUGACCAGGCCUAUUCCAUGUAUACACUGAUGCAACAGAAAAAUGCCUUGAUGGGCAUUGAGCAGCUUCAGGCGGCUCAGCAAAUGAACAUGAACAACACGUUUGCGUAUGGUCAUCGUGGUGGUCAAGAUGUUCAUGGAAGUGGAAGUGGAUCCAACGUUGGAGCUUCCGGUCUUCAUCAUAGCCACAACCGUUCACAAGCAGAAUUGCAGUCGGGUGAAGCAUCUGCCAACUCGGCGUCGCCCUUGAAUGAGUUUUGUGCUCCACAAAUGAUGAGCCAGCCUUCAUAUUUCGGUGGAGCUGUGACUCCUCCACUUCAAUCCAUCCACCACGACACCAUCCAAAACGACACCACACACAACGAAAUUCACGAUGACAGCAUGGACCAGUUUUUCUCCAACACUGAGCUGAAUGCCUUGGAAAAGUUUCUCGACAGAUUGGCCCUGCUGAACUCGCUGGAUCCACUCGCCAUGUACAACACCAACGUCGAACAGCCCAAGAUGACUUCGCUGAUAUUUGACUUGCACACCAUGUCUGCCAUGGAGAAUAGAGCCGUCAAGCGUGACAUCCCUGACGUCGUCAAAAAGGAGAUCACCGACGUUUUCAAGCACCCUCCACAGCAGAGCCUUCGCAGUUUUGCCUCGCCAUCACAGAUCAACACCCAGUUACCAACGCCGGUUGACUCUCGCCAGUCGUCCACCACCAAGCGCACCUACGAGGACUUACUGCCUCCAUUGUCUCCUCUGCUGAAGAAGAAGAGAAAGCUGAACAAACCAUUGCUUUCGUUGGAGCAGAAGAGAUUGAAUCACUCCCACAGUGAGCAGAAGAGAAGAUUAUUGUGUAAAGAGGCUUACGAGCGGUGCUUGCGUCUUAUUACUAACGUGGAGGACUACAAAAAUGACUUGGUUUCUGCGCUGGCCGUUACAUCUUCCAAGAAGAAGAGUAAAAGAAAGCAGAUCAACAAGGAUGGCUUGCCAAACUUGUCGAAGCACACGGCCUUGUGUAAAAUUAGUGAAGAGAUUGAAAAGAUCAGUAGCAAGAACAUGCAGUUGCGUGCUUUGCUUGAUGGCAAUAAUGGGUUCAGAUAG